AUGGCUUGGUCUCCAGUGGCCCUUGGUGUCAUCGUCUUGCUGUCUACACUCCCAGGGCCUAGUAUUGGGGGUCGUGCCAUGCCCAAGAUGGCUGACCGGAAGUUGUGUGCUGAUGAGGAAUGCAGCCAUCCCAUCUCCAUGGCUGUGGCUCUUCAGGACUAUGUGGCUCCUGACUGCCGCUUCCUGACCAUAUAUAGGGGCCAAGUGGUGUAUGUCUUCUCCAAGCUCAAGGGUCGCGGACGGCUUUUCUGGGGAGGCAGCGUUCAGGGAGAUUACUAUGGAGGCCAGGCCGCCCGCCUUGGCUACUUCCCCAGUAGCAUUGUCCGCGAGGAUCAGAUUCUGAAACCUGGCAAAACUGAUGUGAAGACAGAUAAAUGGGAUUUCUACUGCUACUGA